GCCGCCUUCCUGCCGCCCCCGGCCCUUCCCGGGCGCGACGCUUUCUGAACCUUCUGCUAGCGAGUCUUCAAGGUGUCUUCCCCGCCUGGUUGGACAUGGUGAUAAUUUUCCCGCACGAAAUUCCCUUUUCUCUUUCAUUGCAGUCCCCCCACACACACUUUUGACUUGGGCUAUUUCUCUGUCCAUUUUGUGGGCUCCCUGCCGUAAGGAUUUCAAUUACAUAAAGUUACCUGUUUGGGUGAUUUUUGUGUGUGUUGAUGUUUCCCCCGCCCCCCCCCCAAUCAUUUUCCUGUUUUGAGCGCUGCUUUUAAUGCUGUGGUUCUUUUUUUUUCAUUUCUAUUUUGGCUCAUUCUCUAAAAGUUUCCAGUUCCAUGUGACUUAAUACUCUUUGCUUAGCAGCUUUCCUCUGUAGGGAGUGGGAGGAUUAUUGUGUGAGGUGGUAUGGAAGUGUGGGUGAAUGGUUAAGCUGAAGAACUAAUUGCACAUCUGAAGAGUUCUGCAAAGAAAGCAGGAAUUAGGUGGGGUAUAUGUAGGCCAAGAAGGUCUUGGGUUUAGAGUGGGGAGGAUUGGUAUUUUAAAAAAAUGAGUUACCUUUUGAAAGUAGAGAAACUAAUUUCUCGGGCUGUAAAAUUGGAUUUUUUUUUUCUGUGCUUUCCAGUUACCUUUUCUAGAUUUAGCGUCAUCUGUUACUUCUUUACUCUCUGGUGUGGUUAUUUUUUGUUGUUUGCAGUUCUUGAGUCUGCUGCAGGGAUUGGGCCUGAACCCAACCUGAAAAGGUGGGGGGGGGGGGUCGGAAGAGUCCGAAGCUGUUCUAGAGAUGGGCUGUCUCCUGUCUGUGCAAUAUCUGCACUUUUCUGUCCUUUUUUUUUUUUUCCCUUCAACUUUAGUCCAGCCUUUUGGGUAUUUAUCUGUAUUUAUUGUGAAAUUUAAGAUAUGCAGACUUUUCCUUUUAUUCAGUUCUUCCUGUUUUCCUCUGCUUUCACUAAUCUCUCCACGUGAUUUUUUUCCUGGGGUGGUUUUCCUUCACACAUACAUAUUCUUGGAAAAUGCUUUCGACAGAAUGAAAUGGAGAAAGAGUUUGUGUAGUCAAGAAAUUAAGAGAAAAAUUGGGGUCUGAGGGCUCUUCUGAACAAUCUGGGCUUCAGACAAGCUGACACGCUAGAACCUGGUGGGGCAGAACAACUAGGAGGUGAGACACAGGGGCCUGGCAGGGAAAGCUGGCAGUUUGACACUAAUGAAAGUGAGGUGUAAGGAAUGGGGGGUGUUUUUUGAGUACGUUUUAUAGUGAGGAAUGUGGACGUGGUAUGGGAACAGUAGGGACAGAGGAGGCUGGUGUGAUGUGUGUAAAGCGUUGAUUUGAAACCAGGAAAUGCUGAACAGGAGCUCAUGGGAGUUGGGUGAGAGUGCAAGUCAUAGGCCUUCCAGUCAGAAGGAAAUUGAGAGGAUAAGGUGUCAGCAAAGUCUAUGGACAUGGAGGUCAAGGAAAUGGUUUCUUCAUUGGGAGGUGAAGCCUAUGAGGAUUGGGUAGCCAAGGUUCUUGUGAGUUUCUGCUGUGCACGCUUGCCUUUAGCCUGGGGGUGAGGCUGCACGGGGCCCUUGUGGUUUAGCUUAACCAGUCAGUCCACCUGUUUGGAUACUUAGGAGCCGUUUAGUCCUUUUUGUACUUUUAACAGUCGUCUGAAAUUCUUAGGUCGGUUCUUGGAAGAAUUUUUGGACUCAGGCUGCAGGGCUACAGGUGCCACAGGUCUGUCUGUUUUAUAUACUCGGUUUGGAAUUCUCAAGUUACUCUCCAAGGUCAGGAAUUACAGUAGUUGAUGAAAACACCACUGUGCGUUGGGCAGAGGAGAAUAAAGGGACAGUGAGGAAUUUUGAGAGAAACGAGGUCCUUUUGCCUAGGGUAGAAAAAGAAGAAAGACAAGUAAGAGCAAGACGAGUUCUUGAGCAUUGAAGGGACAGACAGUAAGGGUUCGGCUGUGAUUCGUUGGAAAGAAAGUAGCUCUUUCCAGUAAAGAACCUGGGGAAGGAUAAAGCCUUAUGUAGCUAAAGGAGGUUUUGUGUGGAGAUAAUGUUGGAACAAGAUGGAGAGCAGGGAUUUGGGUGGUGGUAAGUGGUUAGUUUGGGGCCAGGGGCCUGACCCGUGUCUCCCCGCUCCCCCUCAGGAGCGGUGGUGCCCCCCCGGGCACGGGGCCAUGUACAACGGGAUCGGGCUGCCGACGCCCCGGGGCAGCGGCACCAACGGCUACGUCCAGCGCAACUUGUCCCUGGUGCGGGGCCGCCGGGGUGAGCGGCCUGACUACAAGGGAGAGGAGGAACUGCGGCGCCUGGAGGCUGCCCUGGUGAAGCGGCCUAAUCCUGACAUCCUGGACCACGAGCGCAAGCGGCGCGUGGAGCUGAGAUGCCUCGAGCUGGAGGAGAUGAUGGAAGAGCAGGGGUACGAGGAACAGCAGAUUCAGGAGAAAGUGGCGACCUUCCGACUCAUGCUGCUGGAGAAGGAUGUGAACCCUGGGGGCAAGGAGGAGGCCCCGGGGCAGAGGCCAGCGGUGACUGAGACUCACCAGUUGGCAGAGUUGAAUGAGAAGAAGAACGAGAGACUUCGCGCCGCCUUUGGCAUCAGUGACUCCUAUGUGGACGGCAGCUCUUUCGACCCUCAGCGUCGUGCUCGAGAAGCUAAACAGCCAGCUCCUGAGCCUCCCAAGCCUUACAGCCUUGUCCGGGAGUCCAGCAGUUCUCGUUCGCCCACUCCGAAGCAGAAGAAGAAGAAGAAGAAGAAAGACAGAGGACGCCGUUCCGAGAGCAGCUCCCCUCGGCGGGAAAGGAAGAAGAGCUCCAAGAAGAAAAAGCACAGGUCGGAAUCUGAGUCCAAGAAACGGAAGCACAGGUCUCCCACUCCAAAGAGCAAACGUAAAUCUAAGGACAAGAAGCGGAAGCGGUCUAGAAGUACUACGCCAGCCCCCAAGAGCCGCCGGGCCCAUCGGUCAACUUCCGCCGAUUCUGCUUCUUCUUCUGAUACUUCCCGCAGUCGGUCUCGAAGUGCUGCAGCUAAAACCCAUACAACUGCCUUGACUGGGCGAAGUCCUUCCCCUCCUUCGGAGUGUCGAGGAGAGGGAGAUGCACCUGCCAGGGAACCAGGUGCCACCAACACAGGGCAGCCUGGCAGCCCAGAGCCCUCUACGAAGCAGCCUGGCAGCCCACGUGAAGACAAAGACAAGAAGGAGAAAUCUGCAACUCGACCUAGUCCCUCUCCGGAAAGGAGCAGCACAGGCCCAGAUCCACCUGCUCCCACCCCGCUCCUUGCUGAGCAACAUGGCGGCUCCCCACAACCUAGUGCAACAACCCCUUUAAAUCAGGAGCCAGUGAAUCCCCCAACUGAGGCUUCCCCAUCCCGGGGCCAUUCACCACCUAAGUCUCCUGAGAAACCUCCCCAGUCAUCUUCAGAAAGCUGCCCACCAUCCCCUCAAACUACCAAAGUUUCUCGGCAUGCCAGCUCCUCCCCUGAAAGCCCUAAAGCCACACCAGCUCCCGGAUCCCGCCGAGAGAUUUCUUCUUCUCCCGCAUCCAAGAGUCGCUCACAUGGCCGAGCAAAGCGGGAUAAGUCACGUUCUCAUACUCCUCGUAGGGUGGGGCGGUCUCGUAGCCCUACCACUACCAAGAGGGGACGAUCUAGAUCUCGAACCCCCACCAAGAGAGGGCAUUCUCGGUCCCGGUCCCCUCAGUGGCGUAGAUCCCGGUCUGCACAGAGGUGGGGACGAUCUAGGAGCCCCCAGCGACGUGGCCGCUCUAGGUCUCCCCAGAGACCAGGCUGGUCCAGGAGCAGAAAUGCCCAGAGAAGAGGCAGGUCUAGAUCAACAAGACGAGGCAGGUCACACUCUAGAUCCCCAGCUACUAGGGGCAGGUCUCGCUCUAGAACCCCUGCCAGGCGGGGCAGGUCUCGCUCUAGAACUCCCACUAGGAGGAGGUCAAGAUCCAGAACACCCACUAGGCGUAGGUCUCGCUCUAGGACACCAGCCAGAAGGGGCAGGUCUCGCUCUAGAACCCCCACCAGGCGCAGGUCUAGAACCCGAUCGCCAGUGCGGCGGAGGUCUCGCAGUAGAUCACCAGCCAGGAGAAGCGCCCGAUCACGCUCUAGGACCCCAGCCAGGCGUGGGCGGUCGCGCUCUAGGACCCCAGCUAGGAGAAGUGGCAGGUCGCGCUCUAGAACCCCAGCCAGGAGAAGUGGCAGGUCGCGCUCGAGGACACCAGCCAGGAGAAGUGGCAGAUCGCGCUCGAGGACACCAGCAAGACGAGGAAGAUCACGUAGUAGAAGCUUAGUUAGACGGGGAAGAUCUCACUCCAGAACGCCCCAAAGGAGAGGCAGGUCAGGUUCAUCAUCUGAGAGGAAGAAUAAAUCCAGAAUGUCACAGAGAAGCAGGUCUAACUCAAGUCCAGAAAUGAAAAAAUCUCGAGUUUCUUCGAGGAGAAGUAGAUCUCUCUCUUCACCACGGUCUAAAGCAAAAUCGCGCCUGUCUUUGAGGCGAAGCCUUUCAGGGUCCUCUCCGUGCCCUAAACAAAAAUCUCGAACGCCAUCAAGACGCAGUCGCUCUGCAUCAUCCCAGCCUAAAGCUAAAUCUAGAACCCCACCCAGGCGAAGCCGCUCUGGGUCUUCACCUCCUAGUCAGAAAGCUAAAACACCACCAAGACAGAGCGCUUCCAGCUCAUCUCCUCAGCCUCAGGUGACAUCUGGAGCACCACCAAGGCAAGGGCCUGUCGCAAGCCCCCAGGCCAGUGAGCAUUCUGCAGCAUCACAGAGACAGAGCCGGUCUGAGUCACCCCCCGGCCCUGAAGUGAAAUCCAGGAUUCCUUCAAGACACAGCUGUUCUGGGUCUUCUCCUCCGAGAGUGAAGUCUCGCACACCUCCAGUGCGCAGCCGGUCUGGCUCACCGUCUCCGCAGCCCAAGGCCAAGGCUGGAGCUUCACCAGUUCACAGCCAGUCCGGCUCCUCUUCUCCAAGUCCUGGGAGGGUUGCAGCUAGAACACCGCCAAGGCAAAGCAGAUCAGAGUCUCCCUGCACCAAGGUUGACUCCAGAUUGUUACCACAUCACAUCCGUUCUCGAUCCUCCUCACCAGAUACCAAAGUGAAACCCGAAACACCACCAAGACAAAGUCACUCAGGGUCUGUUUCGCCGUGCCCCAAAGUAAAGCCCCAAACUCCACCUGGGCAUGGUCUUUCCGGAGCAACAUCGCCAUGUUCCCAAGAGAAGGCUAAAGAUUCACCAGCACAGAUUUGCUCUGGAUCUUCCUCCCUCUGUGCAGGAGUAAAAUCUACUACAUCUCCAGGAGAGGGCUAUUUUGGUUCCUCAUCUCUUCAACAGCAAGAACACUCUCAGACUUCACCAGACCCUGGAUCUGAUUUAUCAAGUCCAGAUAUAAGACAGAGUCAUUCUGAAUCUCCAUCACUGCAGAAUAAAUCUCAGAUGUUUAAGGGUGGCCAGUCUAGGUCCUCAUCUCCAGUCACCGAACUGGCAUGCAGCUCUCCAAAAAGACAGGAAGGGAGUGAGUUGUCAGCGAGUCCUAGGCUGAAAUCUGGAAUGUCUCCAGAGCAGGGCAAGUCCCAGUCCGACUCUUCCCUAUAUCCUGCAGUGGACUCCAAAUCUUUUCUGGGGCAAAGUAAAUCUGAGCCUUCUGAAGCAAAAGAGAGAACAAUGAGCUUACUCCUUCAGGAUGAUGUGGCCAUGUCAUCUCCUAGACCAAAUGACAAAUUCAGCCCUCUGGUGCAGGAAAGGUGUGAGUUCCCACCACUACUCAAAGACACACCUAGAACUCCCUCAAGGGAAAGAGGCGGCAUUGGGUCAUCUCCAGAUACAAAAGACCAAAGUGGCUUAUCAGCUAAGCCAAGCCGAAAUGAGGAAUUAAUGGAGUUGGAAGAGAAACCUGAAGAACUCCCAAGUCAGGUCCUGCCCCAUUUGCCCCCAGAGCAUAAAAAAAUGACCGGAAGUAAUGUUGAGUCAUCUCCUGAAAAUGAAGAACAGUCUGCAGUGUCUCUGACUCUUGACCAAAGCCAGUCACAGGCUUCCUUGGAAGCAGAAAUCCCUGCAGUGGCCUCAACUUGGAGUGGACAGCGUCUUUCUCCAGAUCAUAAAGAACUGUCUAAUUCCCCUGCCAGGGAGAACAGCUUCGUAUCAUCUCUACAGUUUAGAAACUCGGGCCCUGUUGCAGAAAUGAAUACUGGAUUUUUUCCUGAGGUAAAAGAUUUGAGUGGCGCUUCUAAUCAGCUGGAAACAGACCCAUCUCUAGAUGCAAAAGAACAGUCAACAAGGUCUUCUAGACGCAGCAGUUCUGAGUUAUCCCCAGAAGCAGUGGAAAAAGCAGGAACGUCUUCAAAUCAGAGUGUGUCUUCUCCUAUGCUUGAUGCUGUACCCAGAACACCCUCCAGGGAGAGAGGUAGCCCUGCAUCAUCUCCUGAGCUCAAAGAUGGUUUACCUAGAACCCCGUCAAGGAGAAGUAGGUCUGGGUCUUCCCCAGGACUUAGAGAUGGGUCUGGGACUCCCUCUAGGCACAGUUUAUCAGGGUCCUCUCCCGGCGUCAAGGAUAUACCUAGAACGCCCUCCAGGGGGAGAAGUGAGUGUGAUUCUUCUCCAGAACCAAAAACAUUGCCUCAGACGCCCAGGCCCAGGAGUCACUCUCCAUUCUCCCCGGAGCUCAACAGCAAGGGUCUUACCCCCCAGAGAGAGAGAAGUGGGUCAGAAUCAUCAGUUGAACAGAAGACUGAGGCCAGGACUUCUCUUGGGCAGAGAAGUCAAUCUGAAUCUUCUCAAGAGCUUGAUGGGAAGCCCAACGUGUCCCCUCAGGAGGGAAGUGACUCGGACUCUUCUCCAGAUUCUAAGGUGAAAACACAUGUGCCACUUAGACAAAGAAGCCGCUCAGGAUCCUCUCCAGAGGUUGAUGACAAAUCUCGACCGUCUCCUCGACGCAGCCAGUCUGGGUCAUCACCUGAAGUUAAAGAUAAGCCGCGAGCUGCAGCCAGGGCACAAAGUGGUUCUGAGUCGUCCCCUGAGCUUAAGGUGCCUAUCUCUCGGGCCCUACCUAGGCGAAGCAGGUCAGGUUCCUCGAGCAAAGGUAGAGGCCCUUCACCCGAAGGCAGCAGCAGUUCUGAGUCCUCUCCAGAACACCCACCCAAAUCCAGAGCUGCCAGAAGAAGCUCUAGGUUAUCACCAGAGCUGAAAACCAAGUCUCGUACCCCGCCUCGCCGUCGCAGCUUGCGCUCCUCUCCUGAGCUGACCCGGAAGGCCAGACUGUCCCGGAGGAGCCGCUCUGUGUCUUCGUCACCAGAGACCCGCUCUCGCACUCCCCCAAGGCGCCGGAGAAGUCCUUCCGUGUCUUCCCCAGAGCCGGCCGAAAAGUCACGGUCCUCACGCCGACGGCGUUCAGCUUCGUCUCCACGCACUAAGACCACUUCAAGGAGAGGCCGUUCUCCUUCGCUCAAGCCUCGUGGGCUCCAGAGGUCCCGUUCUCGCUCAAGGAGGGAGAAAACCAGAACAACUCGACGUAGAGAGCGAUCUGGAUCUUCUCAGUCAACCUCUCGGAGAAGACAGCGGAGCCGGUCAAGGUCUCGGGUUACCCGUCGACGGAGAGGAGGUUCUGGGUAUCACUCAAGGUCUCCCGCUCGGCAGGAGAGCUCCCGAACCUCCUCUCGACGCCGAAGAGGCCGCUCCCGGACGCCCCUCGCCAGUCGGAAGCGUUCCCGUUCGCGCACGUCGCCAGCCCCGUGGAAACGCUCCCGGUCUAGGGCGUCUCCAGCCACUCACCGGCGAUCCAGGUCCAGGACACCUCUGGUCAGUCGGCGCCGGUCCCGGUCUCGGACCUCACCCGUCAGUCGGAGACGGUCAAGAUCUAGGACGUCUGUGACCCGGCGAAGGUCUCGGUCCAGGGCAUCGCCAGUGAGCAGAAGGCGCUCUCGGUCCAGAACCCCGCCGGUCACCCGCCGGCGCUCGAGGUCCAGAACACCCGCUCGCCGCCGCUCUCGUUCUAGAAGCCCGCCCGUGACUCGGAGAAGGUCCCGAUCUAGGACACCCCUAGUGACAAGGAGACGGUCUCGGAGCAGAACCUCGCCUAUCGCUAGGAGAAGGUCAAGAUCCAGAACGUCCCCGGUCGCUCGAAGGCGAUCCCGCUCGCGCACCUCUCCGGUAACUCGAAGGAGGUCUCGCUCGCGCACCUCCCCAGUGACGCGCCGCCGGUCGCGGUCGCGGUCGCCUCCGGCUAUCCGGCGCAGGUCACGGUCUCGAACCCCGCUGUUACCACGCAAACGCUCUCGCAGUCGCUCACCCCUGGUCAUCCGCCGCCGUUCCCGAUCCCGUACUCCGCGGGCGGCUCGAGGCAAACGGUCUUUAACGAGGUCUCCUCCCGCCAUCCGAAGGCGCUCCGCCUCUGGGAGCAGUUCCGACCGUUCGCGUUCUGCCACCCCUCCGGCGACGCGCAACCACUCCGGCUCUCGGACACCUCCAGCGGCGCUCAGUAGCUCUCGAAUGAGCUGCUUCAGUCGUCCUAGCAUGUCCCCGACACCUCUGGACCGCUGUAGGUCACCUGGAAUGCUCGAACCCCUCGGCAGCUCGAGAACGCCCAUGUCUGUCCUCCAACAAGCUGGUGGCCCCAUGAUGGAUGGCCCAGGUCCCCGGAUUCCUGAUCACCCGAGAACAUCUGUACCAGAAAAUCACGCUCAGUCUAGAAUUGCGCUUGCUCUGACAGCUAUCAGUCUUGGCACUGCUCGGCCGCCUCCAUCCAUGUCCGCUGCUAGCCUUGCUGCAAGAAUGUCCCAGGUUCCAGCUCCAGUGCCUCUCAUGAGUCUCAGAACAGCCCCGGCUGCCAGCCUUGCCAGCAGGAUCCCCGCAGCCUCUGCAGCAGCCAUGAACCUAGGCAGCGCCAGGACACCUGCCAUCCCGACAGCAGUGAACCUGGCUGACUCAAGAGCACCAGCCGCAGCAGCGGCCAUGAACUUGGCCAGCCCCAGAACUGCAGUAGCACCUUCGGCUGUGAACCUUGCUGACCCUCGUACCCCUACAGCCCCGGCUGUGAACCUAGCAGGAGCCAGAACCCCAGCGGCUUUGGCAGCGUUGAGUCUCUCAGGCUCUGGGACACCCCCAACUGCUGCAAACUAUCCCUCUAGCUCCAGAACGCCCCAGGCUCCAGCUCCCGCGAACCUGGUGGGACCGAGGUCUGCACACGCUACGGCGCCUGUGAAUAUUGCUGGCUCAAGAAACCCUCCGGCCCUGGCCCCUGCAAGCCUGGCCAGCGCCAGAAUGGCCCCAGCCUUGUCUGGUGCAAACCUCACCAGCCCUAGGGUGCCCCUUCCUGCUUACGAGCGCGUCAGUGGCAGAACCUCACCACCACACCUAGACAGAGCCAGGUCCAGAACACCCCCAGGAGGCCCAGGCUCCAGAACCCCACCAUCUGCCCCAAGCCAGUCUAGAAUGACCUCGGAGCGGGCUCCCUCGCCCGCGUCUAAAAUGGUGCCGGGCCCCUCACAGGCUGUUCUCCCCCCAGCUCAGGAUCGGUCUAGGUCCCCUGUGCCAUCAGCUUUUCCUGACCAGUCCCGAUCUUUGCUUGGCCAGACCACCCCCGUGGCAGGCUCUCAGUCCCUCCCCCCUGGGGUGGGCGCAAAGACCACGUCCUCUGCUGGGGACCACAAUGGCAUGCUCUCUGGCCCCGGGCCCGAGGGUGGGGAGCCGCCUGCCUCCGCCGGGGCCCAGCAGCCUUCGGCACUGGCCGCCCUACAGCCUGGAAAGGAGCGGCGGAGCUCCUCCUCCUCGUCCUCGUCCUCCUCGUCCUCCUCCUCCUCGUCCUCCUCGUCCUCCUCCUCCUCGUCCUCCGGCUCCAGCUCUAGCGACUCGGAAGGCUCUAGUCUUCCUGCGCAGCCUGAGGUAGCCGUGAAGAGGGUCCCCAGCCCCGUCCCAGCCCCAAAGGAGGCUGUUCGAGAGGGACGUCCUCAGGAGCCGACCCCAGCCAAGCGGAAGAGGCGCUCUAGCAGCUCCAGCUCCAGCUCCUCCUCUUCCUCCUCCUCCUCCUCCUCUUCCUCCUCCUCCUCCUCCUCCUCCUCCUCUUCCUCCUCCUCCUCCUCCUCCUCCUCUUCCUCCACUUCCUCCUCCCCCUCCCCUGCCAAGCCUGGGCCUCAGGCCUUGCCCAAACCUGCAAGCCCCAAGAAGCCACCCCCCGGCGAGCGCAGCCUCUUCCCUGUCUCCCCGCCUCCACGCCAUUCUCUUCCACACGUAGCCAGAGGGAUCUUUCUAAAACGCACAUCUGGUUACUUCCCUCCACGCCACAAAUCCUUCCGGGACGCCAUGUGGCCUGCAGGAUAAAGCCCCACCUCUGCGGGAAUGGCGUGCGAGGCGCUUCACCAACUGGCCUUGCCCGCCCUGUGUCUCCUCUCCUGCCCGCCCCCACACAUGCCCUGUGCUCCAGCCACACCCGGCGCCUUGCAGUCUAAGGAGAGCCCAUGCCUUGGGACAUGCUGCUCCUUCUGCCGGGAUCCCUUGUCCGCCUGGUGGACUCCUCGUUCUGCAAGACUCCGCUCCCACCGCACCUUGGAGAAGACCGCCCCGCCCUCCCCGGCCCUGGCCCCUCCCCCCGGGUCCCCAGACCCGCGCACACCCCUCCUUUCGAGACUGCUUCCCCCACACGGGGCCGAGCAAGCCCCCCUUGGCUCUCCUUCACCACCAGACAGUCCCUCCAAGGGCAGGGACCGUCUUUAUCUUUGUGUCCCCCGCUGCACCCCGCGCCCUGCCCGUUGGGGCGCUCGGUGGAUGGUGUGCGGGCGGACGGGUGAGUGAGCAGACGAAGGUGGGUCUGAGGCUGGCCCCAUGUGGUGUGAGGUUUGGUGGUCAGGACCUGGGGGGCGUCCUGAGUGCUCGCUGCUGGGUCUGGAAGGGCGCAGUGCUAUGGGGACCUGCUCUGCCCCCCAGGUCCCGCAGCCCGCGGAAGCCUAUAGACUCCCUCCGGGACU